CUUCAGCAGUUCAUGAACCGCAGCGAUACGCGAGCGCGCACAACGAUGGUGCUCUAUGCGAGAAGAAAGUUUUAUAGAAACCGGAUCUACCUGGAUAUUCUGAAUCACACCUAAUCGAUUCGCUAUGUAGAGCUGAAUGCGAUUGAUCAGCGUUCGGUUAUAUAAAGCCAGUGAUUGAUACGUGAAGACAGUGAUUUGAUACAUUGUUGUAAUAUUGUAACAUUGUUGUUGUUACAUUGUAGUGGCAUUGAAAUAUCUUCAGACGUCAGCUAGAACCGUGGAUCUGCUGUUGUUGCCCUAACAACCCCCUCCAGCCGAGUCCGGGGGUAAUGUUGUCCGUUCUCUCAUACGGUAGACUGGUGGCCCGAGCGGUCAUCGGCGGACUCUCUCAAACCGACACCCGCGAUUACAGCCUAGUGUCCGCCAGCUGCGGCUUCGGGAAGGAUUUUCGCAGGGGGAUCUUGAAGAAAGGGAUGUGUUAUGGAGAUGAUGCCUGCUUCAUUGCCCGACACAGGUCUGCUGAUGUGUUAGGUGUGGCUGAUGGAGUGGGUGGUUGGCGUGACUAUGGAGUCGACCCUUCUCAGUUCUCUGGAACUCUAAUGAGGACGUGUGAACGACUGGUCAAAGAAGGACGAUUUGUGCCGAGCAACCCAGUGGGAAUCCUCACCACCAGCUACUAUGAGCUACUUCAGAACAAAGUACCACUGUUAGGAAGCAGCACAGCAUGUAUCGUGGUACUAGACCGGCAGAGUCAUCAGCUACACACAGCAAACCUGGGAGACUCAGGCUUCCUUGUCGUUCGCGGAGGAGAGGUUGUCCACAGGUCUGACGAACAACAGCACUACUUCAACACCCCUUUCCAGCUCUCUAUCGCCCCUCCAGAAGCAGAGGGCUCGGUCCUCAGUGACAGCCCUGAGGCUUCCGAUAGCUCGUCCUUUGAUGUCCAGUUGGGUGACAUCAUACUCACAGCUACAGAUGGUCUCUUUGACAACAUGCCCGACUACAUGAUCUUACAAGAACUUAAAAAGCUCAAGAAUACCAACUAUGAAAGCAUCCAGAAAGCAGCCAAGAGUAUUGCUGAACAUGCCCACAUUCUAGCAUACGACCCCAAUUAUAUGUCCCCUUUUGCACAGUUCGCCUGUGAUAAUGGUUUGAAUGUCAGAGGAGGAAAGCCAGAUGACAUCACUGUUCUGCUGUCAAUUGUAGCGGAGUACACAGACUAACGCUUACAAGGACUACAAAAUGCUUCUCUUGUUGUCUUCCUCUAAGUCACUGGACAGACAGCUGUUUCCUGCUGGCAGGAUCGAGGGCUGUAUGAGUUUUCUGUCUCUGGCAGGGACUUGGACCCCACAUCUAUUCCAUGGGCUCUUUGGUCUUACUAGACCGUACUAAUGAUGUCAUGUACUCUUGUGAAUGGGCUCAUGACAAAGUAAAAGUCCAACUUGAACAUCUUGAUACGGACUACUACUUUUCUCACUCAUUGGUGGCUAAAGUUGAACCACACAACUUUUGUUGUGCUGUGCAAGGGCUGCAACAAGUGUUUGGUUGAUAUCUGCUCCAGUAUGUCUGUAAGAAUCUAAAGUAGUCCUGUCGUCCAGAGAUGAUUGAGUUAGUGGUAAUGAUGUGGUUGAGAAUACCCAACAUGAAGCCAAAAAUGGAGAAAGAAUAAGGUCCAGAAAUUGAGGGAAAGUGAACCAGAAAGGAAGGAAUAACAAUCUGAUAAGGGAUAAGCAUCCCAAAAAAGGACAUUUCGGCAUCAGAAAGAAUCAUUAAGAUUGCAGCAUUAUGCCAAUUUUAGAUCACUUUGCUCUGGGGAGUUUUAACUAUGCCCUCAAGUUACAUGUGUCUUGCGAUGGCACGUUUUGCCUGUUUACUUUCCAUUUAAAAAAACACCUGAUCUGCUAGACAGCUGAGAUCUGGUGAUAUUAGGCACACAUGACUACAACAAACACUUAACUAGCUAAUGGACAGUUUGUAUUUUGGAGAGUAUGUCGAAAACAUCUCGUAACUUUGCAGUACGAGAUUGAUUAGAAUGUUUAGCAACAACAAAAUAUAAAAGUUAAUAAUCAACCAUAGACAUGCAUUCCUCUAAGAUAUUGAUGAACUGAUGAAAGAAGCUUUUGGAGCUUGAAGAGAACAAUUUUUCAGUACAAAUAAAUGGGUGGAUUGCAUAAAAUAGAAGUGCACAAACUGCAUAACAAAACAGAUUUUGGGAUCCGGGGCACAUUAUAGAUGCUCUGUUUGCUUAGGGAGACAUUUUAAAAACAUUUUCUGUUAUUUAUUCAUUUAAAACAGUGUUACUCCCCAUUUGAGUUGUCUUUUUUUUUUUUUACUUAAUUACAGCAUUGCUAGAGACUGCAAGAGAUCGUGGGAUGUGUUGAGAGAAAAGAGCAGUCUCGCGCAAAACCACUGUUAAGAGUUUCACAAAUGUUUGUGUAUGUGUGCGU